GUUAAAGAGAAGGUAGUUACUUAUAGGUUGUAACUUCAUUCUGUUACAUAUCGUAUACGAGAUGAUUAAUUUGCAUUAUUUUGUAAGAUGAUCAACUAUGUUGAUCAGUCGUGUCAUGUAAGUCUUCAUUGAAACGCAAUAGUUUGAUUUAGAUUAUUUUUGUGUAGAGUGUUAUGGGUUGAGGAGAAGUAAAUAAGUUUAAGCCGUCAGGCGCGGCAAAUUUUCAUCCUACUAUUUUUAUAGUUAUAAGUUUUAAACAACAUGGCCACGGAUAAAAUAAAAGUUGCUGUGAGGGUUCGACCCUUUAAUCGUAGAGAAUUGGAACUUGGUACAGAAUGUAUUGUAGAAAUGACGAAGAAUCAAACUCUUCUCUAUUAUCCUGCAUGUUUGGAAAAAGUAGAACGAAUUAAGGGCAAGUCAUUUGCAUUUGAUCAUUGCUUUUAUUCUGUGAAUCCAUUAACGGAAAAUUUUGCUAGCCAAGAUAUAGUUUUUGAAGCUUUAGGUCUGGAUAUUUUAGAUAAUGCAUUUCAAGGAUAUAAUGCAUGCAUUUUUGCAUAUGGACAGACAGGUUCCGGAAAAUCUUAUACGAUGAUGGGAAAUAGAGAAAAUUUAGGUAUAAUUCCACGAUUAUGUGGGCAUCUCUUCGAUAUGAUUUCUAAACAGGAGAGUUCAGAGCUUACAUAUAAAGUAGAAGUUUCAUAUAUGGAAAUUUACAAUGAAAAAGUACACGAUCUUCUUGAUCCUAAACCGAAUAAACAAUCGUUAAAAGUUCGAGAGCAUAAUGUUCUCGGCCCUUAUGUUGAUGGUCUCAGUCAACUUGCUGUUACAGAUUUUCAGGAUAUAGACAAUCUUAUGGUUGAAGGAAAUAAAUCCAGAACAGUAGCUGCUACCAAUAUGAAUUCAGAAAGUUCACGAUCUCAUGCUGUAUUUUCUGUUAUACUUACACAAACACUAACUGAUUCAAAAACUGGUGUCAGCGGUGAAAAAGUUUCACGUAUGAGCCUUGUUGAUCUUGCUGGUAGUGAAAGAGCUGUUAAAACUGGAGCUGUUGGAGAAAGAUUAAAAGAAGGAAGCAAUAUCAAUAAAUCCUUAACAACACUAGGUCUAGUCAUUUCAAAACUGGCAGAUCAAAAUUCAAGUGGAAAAAAUCGAGAUAAAUUUGUACCAUAUAGAGAUUCUGUUCUUACAUGGCUGUUAAAGGAUAAUCUUGGAGGUAAUAGUAAAACAGUUAUGGUUGCUACAAUAUCACCCGCAGCUGAUAAUUAUGAAGAAACAUUGUCUACAUUGCGCUAUGCCGAUAGAGCAAAACGUAUCGUAAAUUACGCUAUUGUUAAUGAAGAUCCAAAUGCGAGAAUCAUCAGAGAAUUACGUCAGGAAGUUGAAACGCUAAAGGAAAUGCUUCUUCAUGCAACGGGUCAAGGUUCUGUAUUGGGUCAGCAAAGAACAGAUAUCACAGAAAAAAUUACUGAGUCAGAAAAACUUAUGAAAGAAAUGUCACAAACCUGGGAAGAAAAACUUGUUAAAACCGAAAGAUUACAGCACGAAAGACAACAAGCAUUAGAAAAAAUGGGAAUUAGUGUUCAAGCUUCAGGAAUACAAGUUCAAAAAAAUAAAUAUUAUUUGGUUAACCUUAAUGAUGAUCCUAGUUUAAAUGAGCUUUUAGUAUAUUAUUUGAAGGAGAAAACGUUAGUUGGUGGUCGUUCAUCAAAAAUUGAACAAGAUAUUCAAUUACAUGGGCUUGGUAUUUUACCAGAACAUUGUAUUAUUACUAUCGAAGAAAAUGGACUUUAUAUGAUACCACUUUUAAGUGCUAGAUGUUUUGUAAACGGUACACAAGUGAUUGAAAAAACGUUACUUCAGCAUGGUGAUAGGAUUGUUUGGGGUAAUCAUCAUUUUUUUCGAGUUAAUUGUCCAAGAAGUACUCAGACACAUACUACCGAUCCUCAAACACCUGCUCCUAAUAUAGAUUAUAAUUUUGCUCGAGAAGAAUUAAUGUUAAAUGAAUUAUCUAAUGAUCCUAUACAAAGAGCUAUAGCAAGAUUAGAAAAACAACAUGAAGAAGAUAAGCAGGUCGCUUUAGAAAAACAAAGAUUGGAAUAUGAAAGACAAUUCCAACAGCUUAGAAAUAUUCUUUCACCUUCUACUCCGUACAUGCCAUAUUUUCCGUGCGAUUCAAUUCGUGGAAAUCAAGGAAGUAAAAUAUUACCUUGCACUCCUACAACACAAAUGAGAGUAGAAAAAUGGGCACAUGAACGUGAUGAAAUGUUUAAACGUAGCCUUGGCCAAUUAAAAGCAGACAUUUUAAAAGCUAAUGCUCUUGUUCAAGAGGCAAAUUUUCUUGCAGAAGAAAUGAAUAAACAAACUAAAUUUAGUGUUACAUUACGGAUUCCACCGAAUAAUCUUAGUCCAAAUAGAAAACGUGGAGCUUUUGUCAGUGAACCAGCGAUUCUUGUAAAAAGAGUAAAUAUGGGUAGUCAAGUAUGGUCGAUGGAAAAACUUGAAAAUAAAUUAGUAGAUAUGCGUGAUAUGUUUGAAGAACGAAAAGAUUCGAACUGCUCCCGUUCAGCGAUUAAGGAUGAAGGAAUUGGUAAAAUACAAGAUCCUUUCUACGAAUCUCAAGAAAGUCAUAAUUUGAUAGGUGUAGCAAAUGUAUUCUUAGAAAUUCUUUUUCACGAUGUUAGACUUGAUUAUCAUACACCAAUUAUUAGUCAGCAAGGUGAAGUUGCUGGUCGACUACAAAUAGAAAUAAGUCGUAUAUCAGGACAAUUUCCACAAGAUCGUAUAUGUGAAGCUACAUCGGAGUCUUCUAGCGAUUCAACUUCAUCAGAAAUAGAAGAUUAUUCAAGUACAAGACAUAUCGCAUGUCGUGUAACAAUUAAACAAGCUAGUGGAUUACCACUUUCUCUUAGUCAUUUUGUUUUCUGUCAAUAUAUGUUCUGGGGUCAUCCUGAACCAAUAGUUGUCCCACCUAUAAUCAAUACUGAAUUUCCAUUAUUAAAUUCCAUCAAUAAUCAAAAAGAUUCACUUGCGUUCAAAUUUAACCAUACUAACGAUUUUACUGUACCAAUAACCGAAGAAUUUAUGGAACAUUGUUCUGAAGGUGCUUUAAGUAUAGAAGUUUGGGGUCAUAGAAGUGCUGGUUUUUCUAAAAGUAAACCUGGUUGGGAUGUAGAACAAAAGCAAUUAGCUAAAGCACGAUCGCUUGCUGAUCGAUGGUCAGAACUAACUAGAAAAAUUGAACUGUGGGUAGAAAUACAAGAACUUAAUGAACAAGGCGAAUAUUCACCAGUAGAAGUAUUAAUGAAACCUGAUAUGUUAAGUGGUGGGAUUUAUCAAUUACGCCAAGGGCAACAACGACGAAUACAAGUACGAAUAAAACCUGUGCAAAACUCUGGCACACUGCCAAUUAUUUGUCAGUCGAUUAUAAGUAUUGCUGUAGGUAGUGUUGUCGGUAGAAGUCGACUUCAAACUCCUAUGGAUAGUUAUCAGGACGAAGAUCUACAUGUGCUUCGAGAAAAAUGGAGCGAUGCUUUAAUGCGAAGAAGACAAUAUUUAGAUGAACAAAUACAAAAAAUUAUUAAUAAAAAAGAUAAAACAGAGCAAGAUCUUGAACGUGAACAGAGUUUAGUUGAUCAAUGGGUGUGUCUUACAGAAGAAAGAAAUGCUGUUCUAGUGCCAGCAGCUGGAUCUGGGUUUCCAGGAGCUCCUGCUGAUUGGAAUCCACCUCCUGGAAUGGAACAACAUGUUCCGGUAUUGUUUCUUGAUCUUAAUGCUGAUGAUUUAUCUACUCAUCAAUUGGGCGAAGAAGUAACAAUUGCAGGACUAAAUUCUAUUUUACCUAAAGAACAUGGUCAUAAAUUUUAUAAUUUACCCGUUAUUAAACAUUUGGAUAAAGAUGUAUGUGCUAUUGCUGCUUGGGACUCAAGUAUACACGAUGAUAUAAAUUUAAAUAAAAUUACAGAUGCUAAUGAAAGGGUGUACCUGAUACUCAAAUCAACCGUGCGUUUGUCUCAUCCUGUUACUAUGGAUCUUGUAUUAAGGAAAAGAUUAGCUAUUAAUAUUUAUAAAAGACAGAGUAUUACAAACAGAAUAUUAAAAAAAAUUGUACGAAUAGAUUUAAUUACACAAACUGGAGUUACAUAUGAAGUAGUUUCUAAUAUACCAAAAGCUAGUGAAGAAUUGGAAGAUCGAGAAAGUCUUGCACAGAUUGCAGCUAGUGGAGAAGACUGCAGUUUAUGUGAUGGAGAAACAUAUAUUGAAAAAUAUACACGUGGUGUUUCCGCUGUUGAUAAUAUUUUAACUUUGGAUCGAUUAAGACAAAAUGUUGCAGUAAAAGAAUUAUUACAAGCACAGGGUCAGCCCUCAAUAAGAAAAACUGCUAGCGUUCCUAAUUUUUCACAGAUAAUGCGAUUCGAUAGUUCAAUAGACUCAUUAAAAGUUACGCGUUCAGAAAGUGUCGCUGAUCUAAACUCUGAUUUGAAUAAUUUGCCUAAUUAUAUCCAUAGAUCAAACAUUAAUCACUUAAGAUCCGAAGAAAAUUUUCUUGCAUCUCAGCCUAAACCUCUUGGAAUAGCCAGACCAACAUUUCUGAAUCUGAAUCUCAAUCUCAACUCAUUGGCUCGUUUACAACAGUCUACAAAUGUGAAAUUAUCGCCAAAUGUAGUAACUGGAAAAAUAAGCUUAAGAAUGAGUACUCUACACGAAGAAACGUCUAAUAUAUCAAAUAACUCACCUAGCAGUAAUCAAAAAGAUAAAAAAGAAGGUGACUGUUAUAAUUAUGAAUCUUAUCAGAUUUCAUCUAUGCCAAUGAAGUCAUUAACUGCUUCACGAACUUUAGAUUCACUCGUUGAAUUACAAUCAACAAAAAUGAAUACACCAAGUAUGAGUAGCAGUGGCUAUGGAUCUCAAGCUGUAUCUACAACUAACUUAACUUCUGAUGAUUGCAUUUCGGUAAAAUCAAUUAGUGUAGAUGAAACGCCAGAUUUAGAAUACAAAUAUCUAAUGGAUAGUAGAAAAUGUGAAAAACAGGAUACCUCUUUAAUCGAAGAAACUUUUAAAGAUUACUUACAAAAUGCAAACUCAAAUGCAGAAAGUAUACUGAUAACUCAAGAUGCAUGUUCAAAGAAGAAUAAUCAAAAAAUCAAUAUUUCAGAAUUUAUAGAAAAUUACAAUAUUAAUUUACCAAAAAUUGAAGCUACUAAUAAUCAAAAUUUAGAAUCAAGUUUCAAAUUACAGGAUAAAUCAUUUUUUGAAUUAAACAAUUAUAAAAAAUAUCAAACAACAUUUAGUCAGGUAACAAAUUCAGUUGAUGAGCAUUCUUUUGACGAUUCCUCAUGUACUUUUAGUAAACAUUCAUCUGAAAAGAUUAUUCGAAGAAAAAAAUCAUUACUUGGGACAACAUAUAGAAAUUCUAAUUCUCAAUACAGAGCAUCUUUUCCCAUUAUACGUUCACAUGUAUCAGAUACAAUAAUGAAUAAUACUUCAGAUACAUUGAUACAACGGUCUGCAUCCUUUGAGAAAAAUAGAACAAACUCUUUAGAAAGAUUUAAUGACGAUGUCAGCAACAAAUGUUCAAAUUUUGUCUUGAAAUCUGAUUUGAUGAAAAUUGAGAUAGGCGAGUCAGUUUUAGUUAGACCGUAUAGUUACUCUGGAGUUGUUGCGUAUAUUGGACCUACAGAAUUUGCAACAGGUAUUUGGAUAGGAGUAGAGCUUGAUACACCAACUGGAAAAAAUGAUGGAACAAUUAACGGUCGUCGAUAUUUUUCAUGUCCUAAUAAAUGUGGAAUAUUCGUAAAAAUUGAUAAAUUGAUUCAAGAUAGACGUGGUCGAACUUUAAGAAAUUAUACAAAACAUGAAAAUUUACCCUUGCCUUCUACAAUAGUUCAUAGAAGUACAAGUAAAGGAGAAGAUCUUCAGUCACUACAUCGUAAUCGACAUCGUUGAGAAGACCUUCCAAUCAAUGGAAUACGAUUUAUGUUUAAGAUUAAGUAAAAAUUAUAUAGAUAAUAGUUACCUUAAUUCGAUUUUAAAAAUGUCUAUUGUCAUGUACUAACAUUUUUAACAGUCCUUUAGCAUUUAGAACAGUUAUUAAUUGUUCAUGCAUAUAAUUACAGUUGCAGGAUUUUGAAGUUAAUAUAAUAUAUAUAUCUUAGUGUUAUACUUCGAAAAAUAAAAAAUGUGCUUAUAAAUCGAUAAAGGGUAAUGAAAUAUAGGGAAGAAAUAUGCCACAAAACACUUCGUAUGCAUUCUGUAAUCUAUUUUAGUUGAAUGACAAAUGAGUGAGUGCUUAGUUUGUUUAUUGUAGGAAUUAGUUUUCUUAAUUUUUAAACUUUUCCUGUUUAGACAAUCAAAAUUUAAU